GGUAGUGGGGUCUGAUAGUGAUAUCGAGCGGUGUGGGGCGGCAGAACCCGCUCUCCCACUAAAUUUUUGAAAGUUGCAUGCAAAGACCGAGGCGCAGGAAAUUUUACGGCAGUCGAGGUUAGCAGGAAGCAUCCCUCCAAGUAAUAGGAAAAAGUGCUCCCCAAGUCGCCCGGGUCAACUUCCAAGAUGGCCGGCUCAAUCAACAAACCCAAGAAGCCAAAGUCCAAGAGGACCCCCGUGCGCCUCCGCCACAAGAUCGAAAAGGCGUCGGCAGCCAAGCAGAGGAAACAGAGAAAGCUCGCCAAGCAGAACCCGGAAUGGCGCUCCAAGCUCAAGAAGGAUCCCGGCAUCCCGAAUCUGUUCCCCUACAAGGAAAAGAUCCUCGCGGAGAUUGAGGAGAAGAAGCUGCGGAAGCAGGAGGAGGCGCAGAAGCGCCGCGAGAUGGCAAAGGCCGCCAAGACGGGCGGUGUCACCGAGGCUACGUCGACGGGCCAGGACGUCAUGGCUGAUGUCGAGGACGACGGCAUGAUGUUUGACGACGACGACGUCGACGAGUCGAACCCCAUGGCUGCCCUGCUGGCGAGCGCGAGGGCCGCUGCUGAGAGCUACGAGAAGGACCUUCGCGACGGCGGCGACGACGACGACGAGAUGGACGACGACGACGACGACUCGGACGACUCAGACGCCGCGCCCGAAAUCGCCGUCGGUAACGCCACCUCCCGCAAGGCGUUCGACAAGGUCUUCAAGAACGUCGUCGAGCAGGCCGACGUCAUCCUUUACGUCCUCGACGCCCGCGAUCCCGAGUCCACCCGCUCCCGCGACGUCGAACGUAGCGUUAUGGCGGCCGCCAACGGCGGCAAGCGCCUCAUUCUCGUCGUCAACAAGAUCGACCUCGUGCCCCCAAAGGUCCUCAAAGACUGGCUCGUCCACCUGCGCCGCUACUUCCCGACCCUUCCCCUACGCGCCUCCAACGCGGCGCCCAACGCCCAGACCUUCAACCACAAGGAGUUGACGGUGCAGAAGACGUCAGCCGACCUGUUCCGCGCCCUCAAGUCCUACGCCGCUAGCCGCCAGCUCAAGCGCGCCGUCUCAGUCGGCGUCAUCGGCUAUCCCAACGUCGGAAAGUCCUCUGUCAUCAACGCCCUCCUCGGCCGCCUCAGCGGCGGCCGCGGCGCUUCCAAGGCGUGCCCCGCGGGCGCCGAGGCUGGCGUCACGACGAGUAUCCGUGCCGUCAAGAUCGACAGCAAGCUCACCCUCCUCGACUCACCCGGUAUCGUCUUCCCCUCGGCCAACAACAGCACGACAUCCGGCCUGGUGUCGCUCAAGAACGCGACCGACGCCCAUGCUCACCUCGUGCUGCUCAACGCUGUGCCCCCUAAGAACAUCGAGGACCCCAUCCCCGCCGUCACCCUUCUCCUGCGCCGGCUGUCUGCUACCCCCGAUCUGCUGCAGAAGCUGACGGACGUUUACGACUUGCCCCCGCUGCUGCCGAGCCGCACCGAUGGCGACAUCACGACCGACUUCCUCGUCCAGGUCGCGCGGAAGCGCGGCCGCCUCGGUCGUGGCGGCAUCCCCAACAUCAACGCCGCCGCCAUGACCGUUGUUACCGACUGGCGCGAUGGCCGCAUCCAGGGCUGGGUUGAGGCCCCCGUCCUGGCCGUGCAGGGCGAUGGCGCCGCCGCUGCGGCCCCCGUCAGCGACGACGUCGGCGCAGCGGACCAGAAGACCAUCGUCACGGAGUGGGCCCAGGAGUUCAAGCUUGACGGCCUGUGGGGUGACGAUAGUGCUACUGCUGCUUCCGCUGCCGGUGACGACGAGGCGAUGGAGCAGUAAAGGCCGGUGGGAGAGGCGAGGGUAUGGAUGGUAAUGAGUAGGAGGUGGAAGGGGGUUAGUACAUGAUAUCAAAGAGAAGAAGUACUAGAGAGAGGUACACACGCAUGCAUAGAUGCCGUGGCUUUUAUCAUCAUGCGCCUGGCUGGGUGGGCUGCUUCUGCUUUUUUUUUUUUUGGUUCUUAACGUCUUUUCAUUUGCUCUGGCGUUUCGGGGCGGCCGAGGGAAAAAUAAAAAAGAAGGGGGAGCGACAAUUUGGCCUGUUGUCCUCGUUCAUACAAGCAUACACACCUUUUACGAACUGCCCUUGGUUUCAGAACCCGUGCAAACUUGUAAUGAUGUGCGCGUGUGCGCAGAGAUGAUGCGAAAUGUUGGUUCACAGGACGGAGGUAAAUCAUCAAUCACAAAGGAAAUGAUUGGGAGAUGGGAGACAGGGCAGGAUGAUCUGAUGGUCUAUACGAUCAAGGUUUAUU